AUGAGGAGUUAUAUGUUAAUUGGAGUAACGUUUGUGUUGCUUGGAUUCCUCACAACCCAGCAAGCAGAAUCAACAGCAAUUGGCAAGGAAGGGUACAACCCAGAUCUCUCAGGAUGCAAUGGUCUUGGUGGUUAUAGCACCCGUCCUGCCAAUAUGCUUAUGUGCGGUGGUUUGAAGUCGCGUUCUACGUUGAGACUCCCAAUUCCCGAUGGUGAAAAUGUACUCACCAUGUUGGGUCAACAAAGAGAUCGGAUUUACAACGCCAUCAAACUUGGAGAAUUUACUCUUCCCGACGGAUCAACUACUCCUGUAACAAUCAACAACCUUGGCCAAGCCAUUGAGGCAAGCAUUCAAUCACCGAACCCACAACUUUAUGGUCUUAUUGGUUUACACUCCUGGGGACAUGUCCUUCUGUCAUUCCUUACGGAUCCAGACGGUCGAUAUAAUAUGGAACCAGGCCCAAUGUUUGAUACGAGAACGUCCAACCGUGACCCUAUCUUCUAUCGAUGGCAUAAGUUUAUUGAUGAUAUGUUCGUUGCACACAAAGCAACGCUGCAACCUUACACGAGGAGCGAUAUUGCCUGGGAUGAUGUGCGUAUAAGUGACCUUAAAAUCACGACAACGCGUGGGACAGAUGACGAAAAUACAUUAUAUACGUAUAUGGAAGAAGAGGUUGUUGAUAUCAGCAAUGACAUGUUUUUUGAAUUCGACACAUCAGGACCUCCUGUUCAGGUCCGAAAUCACCACUUAAAUCAUGAACCAUUCCAAUACAAGCUAACUGUCCGUCGAGUGCUAGGUUCAGCCGCCAAGGCAACCGUCAGAGUCUUUAUGGCGCCACGAUACGAUGAGAUCGGCCAACUAUUCACUUUCCAUGAUCAACGUAGAUUGUUCUUUGAGAUGGACAAAUUUGACAUCACCCUGUCCAGUUCAACCAAAACUUACACUCGCUACUCACACUCUUCAAAUCUAAUCUCGCAAGUUGCGUCAACAUUCGCUCAAGUAGAGGCUGCCGUCGCCAGUGGUGAUCCAAUAGACAGUUGUACCUCUGACCAGCAUUGUGAUUGCGGGUGGCCAGCCAAUCUCCUCGUCCCUAAAGGAUCACGUGAGGGACAGGAGUUCGACCUGUUCGUAAUACUUACCGAUUUCAGUGAGGAUAUAUCCGAACCUGGUGUUGAAUACAGACCAGGGGCUAGUCUCUGUGGUCGCAGAGGUGGUCUCUACCCUGACAAGAAACCAAUGGGUUACCCAUUUGAUCGCCCGGUAUCUGUCUUCAGUACUGAAGAUCUAGAGCAAUGGGUGAACAAAUUUGCAGCCACAAAUAUCAGAACGACAACAAUUAAGAUUUUCCAUGAGGGCUUCAGAGAACCUGCUCCUGAUCCAUUCGACUACUCUUAUUCCAUUUAAUUAUCACGUGACUGCCAAAAAAUCGGAUAAACACUAAAGGCAUGCAAUGUAGACCUACAGAAAAAAUGGUUGCUUAUGUCAUCUUUAUCACGUCAGCACUUAUGACGAUUUUAUAUCGGUCCUAAUUGUAUGUCAGUUGAACUAAUUCAAGAAUCUUAGGGUGUCGGCAUUUUGUUAUUUAGAGUUUUUAAAAACCCGUACAUUUUAAAGCCUGAAUUGUCCGGAUGAAACUUCUGCAGGUUGAGUCCGGGUUGUUGUAAAGUCCAGGUUACGAAGCAUCUGCAACAUGCUACCAACACCCUAAAAACACUUGGUUUUAUUCGGUGAAAUGUUAAAGAAUCUUGGUUAGCUUUUUAAAAAUGUAACAAUUGUUUUAACUGAUAGAACAUUAAGGCCAAUGUGUACAUGAAAGCAUUAAUAAUGAUAAUUUUGAAACGAUUAUUUUAUAUAAUGUUGGAUUGAAAUUAAUUUUAAAAGUAUAUUACUGAUGGAUAUUAAAUAAUACCGUUCCAGCAUAUAUUUAGUUGCAAGGCAAUUUUAAUUGGCUAUAGAUAAAUUUAUGAAUUUUGUAUUAAAAAGUCUGUAAAUCAAUAAAAUUGAACUAUUUCGAAUUGUGUGUUACUGAAUGUUAAUAACUUUAAUCUAUCUUUCAAAUCAAUUUUAAACAGAAUUCGAAUAAAGUAUAUUUUUAAGCAUUAAAUCGACGACGAUGCAGUUUUACGAUGUAUCUGAGAGUGUACCGUAAUCAACAGUAAUUAAAGAGUUAAUUAAUAAGUUAAUAAACACAACAGUUGUCUUUUUGUCUUCAAACGCUUUUAUAUAUCGAAAUAUUUGUUGAACAUUUUCGAUUUCCAUGGUCA